UCCAUUUCAAUAUCGAUGGCAGAGUCGACUGAAAGGUAUGCAGUUGUCACAGGAGCAAACAAAGGGAUUGGACUUGCAAUAGCUCGGCAGUUGGCUUGUAAUGGGGUCAUGGUGGUGCUGACAGCAAGAAAUGAAAAGAGAGGCUUCGAAGCCCUCGACGAACUUCGAAAGUCUGGCUUAUCAAAUUCCGUAGCUUUUCAUCAGCUUGAUGUAACAGACCCUGCUAGCAUUGCCUCUCUUGCAGAGUUCAUCAUGUACCAAUUUGGAAAGCUAGAUAUCUUGGUGAACAAUGCUGGGAUUAGCGGAGCGACUGCAGAUCCUAAUGCUGAUAUUAUUUUUGACAUGUCCGAUGGCGGGCUGAAAUAUCUGAGUAAUUUGAGGAACAUAACCAGUCAAACUUACAAGUUGGCACAAGAAUGUCUGAAAACAAACUACUAUGGUGCUAAAAGAACAGCUGAAGCCCUAAUUCCUCUCCUCAAGCUAUCUGAUUCUCCGAAAAUCGUCAACGUUUCCUCAUCCUUGGGCUUGUUGCAGUUUAUUCCCAAUGAAGAGGUCAAAGCAGCAUUGAGUGACAUUGAGAGCCUCACGGAGAUGAAAGUAGCCACCAUAUUGAGGGAGUUUUUAAAAGAUUUGAAGAAGGGUUGUAUAGAAAGCAAAGGCUGGCCAGCUAUUCUAUCUGCGUAUGCAAUGUCAAAGACUGCCAUGAAUGCCUACACCAGGAUUCUUGCAAAGAAGUAUCCCAAAAUCUGCACCAAUUGUGUGUGUCCCGGAUUCGUCAAAACCGAUCUGAACAGGAAUUCUGGCAAUCGAACUCCUGAAGAAGGUGCUGCAAUGCCUGUGAAGUUAGCAUUGUUGGCCCCUGAUAGCCCUUCUGGCCUCUUUUAUCGCAACGGUGAGGUCUCACCAUUUAUAAUAUAUGAUGAAUACCAAAAUUUUCAGCAACAAUUGACUUUGGGCUUGCUUUAUUUGUGGCAAGGGAACCAAGGGAAGUCAUCUUCAUUAGACAGAGCAGGAGACAACCGCUGCUUCCAGAUGCUUCGAUAUCCAUCUCCAGUGAUGCUUUGGACUAUUGAUGAUGAUGUGAACAGGGAAGCUAUUAUUAAUUCUUCUUAAUAUUUUUCCUCCAGGUAUGCGAUUGUGAGUGGUGCAAACAAAGGGAUGGGGUUUGAGAUAGUAAGGCAGUUAGCUUCCAUUAAUGGCAGCAGCAUCAAAGUGGUGUUAACAGCCAGAGAUGAAAAAAGGGGUGUUGAAGCUGUUGACAAACUCAUCAAAGAAUUUGGUGUCUCUCCAGGCAAUGUUGUUUUUCAUCAGCUUGAUUUAUCAGACCCUCCCAGUGUCUCUGCUUUGGCUCAUUUCGUCAAAACCCAAUUUGGGAAGCUUGAUAUCUUGGUGAACAAUGCUGGGGUUAUUGGAGUCAAUAUGGAAGAAAAUGCUGAUAGAGCAGUGACUACGGGAGGUGGUGAAAUCAAUCCGGAGGAAUUGAUGAGAAAUGGUAGUUACGAACUGGCUGAAGAAUGCUUGAAUAUAAACUAUUAUGGCACGAAGCGAAUGGUAGAAGCAUUCAUUCCCCUUCUUCAGAAGUCCGAUUCACCAAGGAUUGUCAAUGUCUCUUCCUCCAUAGGAAAGUUGAAGAAUGUACCACAUGAAUGGGCUAAAGGAGUGUUAAGUGAUGCUGAUAAUCUGACAGAAGAAAGAAUUGAUGAGGUGUUGCAUCAAUUUCUGAAAGAUUAUAAAGAAGGUUCAGUUGAAUCGAAAGGCUGGCCGAGUUUCGGUUCUGCCUAUAUACUCUCAAAAGCAGCAGUGAAUGCAUACACAAGGAUUCUGGCCAAGAAGUACCCUACUUUCAGAAUCAAUAGUGUCUGCCCUGGAUAUGUGAAGACAGACUUGAACUACAACACUGGUUUCUUAUCUGUUGAAGAAGGAGCAGAGUGUUCUGUUAGGUUGGCUUUGUUGCCUGAUGAUGGUCCUUCUGGCCUAUUCUUCGAUCAAAAAGAAGAGUCGGCCUUUUAUGCAACUCCCGCUGUUGUUGAAAAAGAUAUAGACUGGAGGUGGAGUCAAUUGGAACCCAACAUUUUCUAUCCUAGACUAUUUGUUGUUGAAAAAGAUUUGAUAAAGCAAAUUUGUUUGUUUUAUGGGAUCGGUGGAGUGAAAACUGAUGAGUCAUCAGUCUAUGAUGAACUGGAGGUUGCUUACUUGAGUGAGGAGUUGAAAUUGUGUUUGACACGUCUCCUAACAUUAGCCACACUCAUGAUAUGCUAUAAAUAUAACUGGUCUAGUGGUUUUUUCCUUAACAAGAGCUUAGCAGCAAAACAAAUCUUGACAACAAUGGCACAAGCAACAAAGUUUGCAAUUGUGAGUGGUGCAAACAAAGGGAUUGGGUUUGAGAUAGUAAGACAGUUAGCUUCCAUUAAUGGCAGCAGCAGCAUCAAAGUGGUGUUAACAGCCAGAGAUAAAAAAAGGGGUGUUGAAGCUGUUGACAAACUCAUCAAAGAAUUUGGUAUCUCUGCAGGCAAUGUGGUUUUUCAUCAGCUUGAUUUAUCAGACCCUGCCAGUGUUUCUGCUUUGGCUCAUUUUGCCGAAACCCAAUUUGGGAAGCUUGAUAUCUUGGUGAACAAUGCUGGGGUUAUCGGAGUCAAUAUUGAUGAAAAUGCUUAUAGAGCAGCGACUAAGGGAGGUGGUGAAACCAAUGCAAAGGAAUUGUUGAGAAAUGGAAGCUACAAACUGGCUGAAGAAUGCUUGAAUAUAAACUAUUGUGGGACGAAGCACAUGGUAGAAGCAUUCAUUCCCCUUCUUCAGAAAUCCGAUUCACCACGGAUUGUCAAUGUCUCUUCAGGCAUGGGAAAGUUGAAGAAUGUACCAAAUGAAUGGGCUAAAGGAGUGCUACGUGAUGCUGAUAAUCUGACAGAAGAAAGAAUUGAUGAGGUGUUGCAUCAAUUUCUCAAAGAUUAUAAAGAAGGUUCAGUUGAAUCGAAAGGUUGGCCGAGUUUUGGUUCUGCCUAUAUACUCUCAAAAGCAGCCAUCAAUGCAUACACAAGGAUUCUGGCCAAGAAGUACCCUACUUUCAGAAUCAAUAGUGUCUGCCCUGGAUAUGUGAAGACAGACAUAAACUACAACACUGGUUACUUAUCUGUUGAAGAAGGAGCAGAGAGUCCUGUUAGGUUGGCUUUGUUGCCAGAUGAUGGUCCUUCUGGCCUAUUCUUAGAUCGAAAAGAAAAGUCGGCCUUCUAAGCAAAUGGGAUUAAUUCCUCUACUGUUCCGUCUUAGGUUAUGAUUACGGUUUCAAGUUUGUCAUGAUUGUGGGUUUUUUUUUAAGCAGCAUAUAUAAGUUGAAAUGGACUAAUAAAGUCGAUCGCUCUUGCUUGAGAAACUGUUUUCUAACAUUUUCUCCAAUGAAUUUGAUUAUACAAACUAAUUACAACUAUUUUAUGUUGAUGUAUUGUCAUCUAACAUAUACAUUUUAUACUCAUUUAAAUGCAAAUAUUUUAAAGUUACUGAAUCUGGAAUUAUUUCACAUA